AUGUUGGCUCAUGAUGCACCACAACAAGCUAUUGCUAUGCCACAAAAUGUUGUCAGGAGUUAUUUGAAAUAAUUUUCUUUUUUUAAGCAAUAAAUAUUGAUUUUUCUCGAAUUUCCGAUUCCAAAUCGAUGCCACGUGGCAAAUCUCGUCAAAUCUUCCAAUUCCUGUCAAAAAUCCACGAAAAACACCUAUUCUUCAUCCCCAAACCCGGAAAACCCGAAAAUUUUCGAAAAAAAAAAUGAAAAAUACUCCGGGAGAACUACACAAAACACAUUUCGUGGCGGGGAACACGUGUCGAUUUACGGCGCCUCCCUUUAUUUUGUUUUUUCAUUUUUUUUUUCGUUUUCAGCCGGAAAACCUUGAAAUUCUUGGUUUCUGGAGGGUUUUCGCUGAAAAUAUUGCUGAAAAUCAGAUUUUCAGCUAAUUUCUACAUGUUUUGGUUGAAAAUCGCAGAAGAAUUGAGGUUUUUUGGGCUGAAAAUGCGAUUUUUGGGAAAAUCGAGUUUGGUGAGUUUUUUUGGCGGGGUGGGAAUUUGAGAAAUUCAAAAAAUUUUCACACAUUGUAUGAUGUAUUUACCAAAAAAAAAACACUAUACAAACAUGUUUUUAUGGGAAAAAUUGGACAAAAACAUUGUUUUUGUCCACAUUUUUUGCUACUAUACACAAAAAAUCCUGGUUUUUUUGUAUAAAAAAUUCAAAAAUUUCGCCACGUGGCAACAUAAAAUCCCAUCGUACACUUGUGUGGUUUUUGAUGCAUUCUUGUGUUGGAAAAGUAAACACCGUGUAUAUUUGUGUGUGUGCACCGCAAAAGCAACACACAUUUUGUACAUAGGGGUGCGCGGAAGGUUUCCGCGCUCGCCCGCGCGCGCGUUUUUCUCCGCGUCUCUCACUUUGUACACACUAUCUAUCUCCUCUUAGUUUUUAUCGUUUCCAAAAAUCUCCUCACAUAUUUUUCAUUGUGUUUUGAGGUGUUCCUUUAUUGAAUCCACGUAUUUUUGUGUGUUUUUGGGGCCUUAAUUAGGACUCAAAAAUAGACUUUUUAGGGCCAUUUAAGCCUAAAUUAAGGGCUUCUUAGGGCCUUAAUUUAGGCUUGAAUAUAGAAUUUUUGAGGCCUUCAUUUAGGCCUAACUUAUGGGCUUUGAUGAGCCUUAAAUAUAGGCUUUUUAAGGCCUUAGUUUAAACUUAAAUUGUAGGCUUUUUGGGGCCUAAAUUUAGGCCAAAUUAUAGGCUUUUUGAGGGCCUUAAUUUAGGCUUGAAUCUAGGCUGUUAGAGUUCUUAAUUUACGUCUAAAUAUAGGCUUUUUAGGGCCUAAAAUUAGGCUUUUCGAAAUCAUUUAAACGUGACCCAAUUUUUUUUCAAAAAAAAAAAAAACAAAAAUUUUUUUUUCGGAAAAUUCAAAAAUCCAGUUAUUUUUCAGUAUUUCUAGACUAGAAAAUGGUUGAAAAAUGAAAAUUUCAGGAAUUUUUUUUCAAAAAGUGAGUUAAAAAUUGAUUUUUGAAUCCAACAAAAAAAGAAUCGCAUCAAUCAAAAAAUCCACGAUUUUUCGCGCGCGAAAAAUAAAUUGACCAGGUUUUGGACGAGUUUUUUUUAGUUUAAAGAUUUUUUGAGAGCGAUAACAAAGUACAUUUGCCAUUUUUGAGGGAAAAUCCAUGAUUUUUGGUGUUAAUAUGAGCAAUCGUAAUUUCUAAGCUAAUAUGAGCAAUGACCGAUUUUUCUUCAAACUUUUGGCUCUAAUCUGAGCAAUCCUAUGAUUUUUCUUCUAAAAUUAAGUCAUCUCAUGAAAUUUUUUUAUUGUGCAAAAAUAAAAAAAUCAAAGUACUAAUUUUUCUUAUCAAAAAAACUUUCACUUGGUUUUUUUCGCAUAAAAUUUUCACUUUUUCCCAAAAAAAUAGGCUUUUGACCAGAAUUUCAUCCAAAAUUCAGAAAAUUUCCAGAAAAAUGACAUCGAACUCGGAGAAAAUCAUCAGAAAUACAGCAAAUGAUGAGCCUAAUCCCGAUUUUCCACAAAAUCGCAGUGUGGCUUCAGUGCGAAGAUCGACGACAUUUCAAAGAAGAGGAUCAGCUUCGGCUAGGAGAAUGGGUGAGUUUCGAGUUUUUGGGCUGAAAAUCUGGAAUUUUCAUGAAAUUUGGCGUCGAAAGACACCCCACAAGCCUGGGAAAAUUUGAAUUUCCCGCCAAAAAUGGCACGAAAUUCAAAUUUUUCAAAAUCAUAAGCUUAUGGGGUAUUUUUCGAAGCGAAAUUUCACUAAAAAUUUGAAUUUUCCAAAUUUGGCGCCAAAAAUCAUUCAAAAAUGGCGCGAAAAUCAAAAAAAAAUCCCUGACACGAUUUUUCCAUGUUUUUUUUUCUCCACUGAAAAAUAGGUCGAAAAGUGUCAAGGAUGAUACGAUUUUCGAUCAAGGAAGAAACAGAACAGAAAAAAACGGUUUCAUCUUUUUUUUUUUUUUUGAAAUGAAAAAUGACUUGUACUUAUACAAUUUUUGAUGGAUUAUUGUGAUCAAAAAUCGCGCGAAAAUACGGUUUUUGAAGGCUUUUUAGGGCUGGAAUCUACAGUAAUCUAGGCCCUAUUUUAGGCCUAAACAGCUCAAUUCUGUCUGAAAUUGAUUUAACUAUCAUUUUCAGACCCAUUUCAAAAGUAGUUCAAGCACAAAACUUGAAAUUCCAACAGUUUUCCAGGGGUCUGAGAUUAUGUGGAAAAUAAAAACACCUAUUUUUCAGUUUUUAUUUCAGCCUCAUUUUUAUCUGAAAUUUGAAGUAGGGCACAUUUAUGUAUCACCUUUUGACAUAUUUUGGUUAUACCAAAUUUCUCAGAAAAAAUCAAGAUUUCGAAUUUUCGAAAAUUGUAUAUCUAAGCGAUAUCUGCGAAGUCUUCCGCAAGCUUCCUCGAGCGCUCUGCGCGAGUGUAAACCGCAAGCUUCCGCGAAGCGGCUACGCCUAUGUCUACCGCAAAGUCUUUCCAGCCACUACGCGGAAUCUUGCGGUCUACACUCGCGCAGAGCGCUCGAGCCUUUCGGCUUUUAGGCUUCUAGGCCCAGCCGCUACGCGGAAGAUUGUGCCGCUUCGCGGAAGCUUGCGAUUUACACUCGCGCAGAGCGCUCGGGAUUUUCAAUUUGUUGUUUUCCCCCCAUGUUUAUCUGGUUUCUUUUUCUCACCCAGACAUACACACAAAUAAAUACAAUACAUAAUACAAAAAGGUCACCCCCCCCCCUCCCCUAGUUUCUUUUUUUUUGCCCUCCCGCACCCUGGCACCAGCCAGGCCUAAAAAAGUGCGGAGAGUAUCUCAUCUCUUUUUUUUUCAUCUCAUCAUUUUUUGUUGUCCUUUUUGUCGCCGCGGUGGCGGCGACCCCCAGGACAAUUAAAUAUGACAGAGUGUGAAAGUCUUGGUGGCCGCUGCGCGGAAGCUUGCGGAAGACUUUGCGGAGAGCGCUCGACUUGUAGACUACUGAGCAUAGGCCCAGCCGCUGCGCGGAAGAUAGUACCGCUACGCGGAAGCUUGCGGUCUAGACUCGCGCAGAGCGCUCGAGCCUUUUAACUCAGUAAACCCGAGCGCUCUGCGCGUGUGUAGACCGCAAGCUUCCGCGAAGCGGCCACGCCUAAGCCUACAGGCGGUCUACACUCGCGGAGAGCGGUCGGGCCUUUGGGCUUCUAGGCUUCUAGGCUUCAAGGCCCAGCCGCUGCGCGGAAGAUAGUACCGCUACGCGGAAGCUUCCGGUCUACACUCGCGCACAGCGCUCGGAAAUCUAGUUUGAAUAUAGUCCAGUCUGAAAAUGUAAUUUAUCUAGAAACAUUCUAGAAAUGUGAAAUUCCAGUCAAAUUUUCAGCUCCAAAAAUCUGAAAAGAUCGAAUUCUCACCAGGAGAAAAUUAACCUAUGAAAUUAAUUUUUUGAAAUUGCGGUCUACACUCAGGCCUUUAGGCUUUCAGGCCUCUAGGCCCGGCCGCUUCGCGGAAGCUUGUGGGGAAUUUUAUCUGAAAUUUUUGAACCUAGAAAUUCUAGAUUUUCAGAGAAAAAUAGGUUGUAAUGUUGUAGUCUGAAAAUCUGAAAUACAAUCCACAUUUUCAGCCAAAAAUUCUGAAUUUUUGAUCAUUUUAUCAAAAUUCCUAGACAAAAAAAAAGGAAUUUUUGCUGACUUUUCAAAAAAAUUGUUCAUUUUUUUUUGUGGUGGUCACACAUUUCUUUCUUUUUAUCUCAAAUUUUUUGGUCUGACACGUGAAAACUUUUUUUUUGUUCUUAUCUUGAGAAAAAAUGGAAGAUUUACUGAUUUUUCUGUGGCAUUUUUCAUUAAUGAAAAAUGGAACAAAGUUCGUUUUUUCCUCGCGGAAGACCUUGCGGAAGACUUCCGCUUCGAAUUUAUAGGCGUGGCCGCUACGCGGAAGCUUGCGGAAUAAUUCAAUUUCAGGUUGAUUUUCGCAAAAAAAUACGACUUUGAAUCGAUGAAUUUUUAAUUCAGAAAAUUUUAGAGCAUUUUUUGAAACCUAUUUUUUACUGGGCCAUUUUUUUCCAGUAUUUUAGGCUUAGAAUAGGGCCUUUAGAUAAGUUAGUGUGUAGAUUUUAGGCCUGAAGGUAGCCCGAAAUUUAGAAUUUUUUGAAGCCUAAAUAAGCCUAGAUGUAUGGGCCUGAAAUUUCUGGCUUAAAAUAGCCCAGAAAGCCUAGAGAUUGAAUGAAAAUUUGGGGGAUUUUUUUGAAGCCCGAAUGAGCCUAAAAAGCCUAGAUUCUCACAUCUGCCACGUGGCAACAGAAAAUCCUUUCAAAUUUCACUAUAUAAACCAAAUCUAGGUCAUAUCUUCUGCCACGUGGCAAACUACUAUUCAAAUUUCACAGUACACCAUGCCACGUGGCAAAAAUCCCUUCAAAUUUCACAGUAACCCUAUCCAUUUUGCCACGUGGCAAUUAUAUGUAACCUAUAUUUUUUUUUUCCCAUAUGCUACCCCCCAGGCAUGUUCAUUCUGCCUGCUGGCCGGACGGCACGGCUGCCGUGUGGGCGUGGCUUCGCUGUUUUGCUGGCCGAGCAGCAAAGAAGAAAAUAGCAGAAAACAGCAGCCGCGGCUUGCCGGCCGGCUGCCGUUUUUCAAAAUGGGAAGGAGAAGGUCGUCGCUCCGCCCCCUGCACACAACACACACAACAGCGCGCAACCCGAAAACCGUCGCACACACAAUUUAUUUAAAUAGUCUCGCGCGCGCGUGUCUCUAGCUCUCUUUCUCGGGGUGUUUUUGGAGGAUUUGUUUGAUGAUUUCGACAUUUUUCUUCACGAAGUAGACAGCAAUGCCGGCAUUUCGGCACGGCAGCCACGGCAUGCUGUUUUGUUUUAUUUUUUCAAAACAGCAGCGGCUGCUGUUGCCGUUUUUGAAACGGCAAACGGCCGGCAUUGCCGGCAAAAUGAACAUGCCUGGUAGUACCCCCCUCAAAAUUGUAGUAUGUAUACAAAAAAUCUCCUCCUCCUCAUCUUCUUCCUGAUGAAAAGAAAGGUCAUUAGAGGUCAGUUUUUGUCUGCUUCUCUAGCCGCUCUCUUCUCUCUCCACACACUCUCUCGCUAUCCCUCUUUUUUCUUUUUUCUCUGCAUUCUCUCUUCUCUACUAUCUCUCUCCCUCUUAUUUUCGUUUGAGGUUGUGUUUUUCAUUGUUUUUUCGUCGGGCCCGGCCUGUUUUUUUCAAUUUUUUAAUUUGGAUUAGCUUAAUAUGAGCAAUCGGCUUGGUUAGAGCAUAUUUUAUUGAUUUUUGUGUGAGAAAUGAGAUUUUUGACCAGUUUUUGUGUUGUGGGCGGAUUUUUCGGUUAUUUUCGCCUUAAUCUAAGGUUCUCUAAGCCUAACCUUAUGGUUAAGCCUUAUCAGCUAAGCUAAGCCUAAGGUAUCAAGCCUAAGCUAUUAGCUAAGCCUAACCUUACCAGUCUAAAAUGAGCAAUAUUGAAAUUCUGGCUGUUUCUAAGGUUAAACCUUAAUCUAAGGUUCUCUAAGCCUAAGGUACUUAUUAUCAGCUUCUAAUGCCUGAGGUAUUAGCAAAGCCUAACGGCUUUUUCUAAGGUUUCGCUUUAAGCCUUAAACUUAAGGUCUCUUAAUCCAAAUCUAUAAUAAUAAUAAUACGAUACACAAAAUCCACACUACACUGCCUCCCCAAAUCUACGUGUGUGUGGAAAAACGAAAAAUGUCUGGCACGCUCUCGCAAACACACACUCUCUCGCACACAACUUUUUACUUUUAUUUCGCGAAAACAGUGCAUAUUAGGAGCUGAUUUUUAUGUGUUUUUCAUCGGAGCCACAAUAUGUGUUAUACAUAGUUCGAAAGAGAAUUUCUUCGGCUACAAGCACAUAUGAAAUGUUAUAAAUGAAACCGAGAUAAAAAAAUAAAAAUUUCAUGCAAACAUGACAUGGUUUUUUUGAAUUGUGUGAAAAACGCAUGUGUUUUUUGAUGACCUGGCUUAUUUUUUGAAUAUCGAAUAUAUGUAUAAUCGAGUCGUAGUUUUGUUCAGAAUCUCAAGGGCUUUCAGAUGGUAUAAAUCAAUAUUUAUGAAAUUGUGAAAUCAUGGAGGAGUAGGGAUUUUUCGUUUGUCAAUUUUUAAAACGAAAUUUUCAUUUUCAUUUGAAAAGAACUCGAAUGAAGUUUACAUACGUUUUGAAGAGAAUUUCUCGGGCUUCAAAAUCAUAUAUAUUUCUAUACACAAAAAUGGAAAUUGAAAGCACCGCUUUCGGUUGAAAACUUGUUGGGUUUGCACCAAACAAACAAACCGCGUUCAGUAGCGUUGCGAAAAACAGCGGUGAGUUUUCAACCGAAAGCGGUGCUUUCAAUUUCCAUUUUUGUGUAUAGAAAUAUAUAUGAUUUUGAAGCCCGAGAAAUUCUCUUCAAAACGUAUGUAAACUUCAUUCGAGUUCUUUUCAAAUGAAAAUGAAAAUUUCGUUUUAAAAAUUGACAAACGAAAAAUCCCUACUCCUCCAUGAUUUCACAAUUUCAUAAAUAUUGAUUUAUACCAUCUGAAAGCCCUUGAGAUUCUGAACAAAACUACGACUCGAUUAUACAUAUAUUCGAUAUUCAAAAAAUAAGCCAGGUCAUCAAAAAACACAUGCGUUUUUCACACAAUUCAAAAAAACCAUGUCAUGUUUGCAUGAAAUUUUUAUUUUUUUAUCUCGGUUUCAUUUAUAACAUUUCAUAUGUGCUUGUAGCCGAAGAAAUUCUCUUUCGAACUAUGUAUAACACAUAUUGUGGCUCCGAUGAAAAACACAUAAAAAUCAGCUCCUAAUAUGCACUGUUUUCGCGAAAUAAAAGUAAAAAGUUGUGUGCGAGAGAGUGUGUGUUUGCGAGAGCGUGCCAGACAUUUUUCGUUUUUCCACACACACGUAGAUUUGGGGAGGCAGUGCACUAUAAUUCGUCAUUUUUCCUCAGAUUUUUGAUUCCAUUCAUUCCAUCAUAAAUACAUUGGAAAAAAAAAAGAAAAAAGGCGCAAAAAUCCGGUUUUGUUUCGAAACCAGACGAAUUUAUGUGUGUGUAUAUUCUUUUUGUGUUCGAUUUAUUUUCGUACAUAUUUUUGUAUAAUAAUAAUAUUCUUUUGGAGAAUCGUUUUUGGCCUGUUUUUGGGCUGAAAACUAGGCUCUUUAGGGAUAUUUUUUGGCCCAUUUUUAUCCCGAAAACUAGGCCCUUUAGGGAUAAUUUUCAGGCCUAUCUUUAGGCUAAUAGUUAGGCCCUUCAAGGCUGAUUUUGAGGCUGAUAAUUAGGGUCUUUAGGGCUGAUUUUUAGGCUGAAAACUGGGCUCUUUAAGGCUGAUUUUCAGCCCUAUCUUUAGGCUAAUAGUUAGGCCCUUCAAGGCUGAUUUUUAGGCUGAAAACUAGGCUGUUUUUAGCCUGAAAAACAGGCUCUUUCAGGCUGAUUUUAGGCUCAUUCAGGCUUUACUUUAGGCUUCUAAUUAGGCCCUUCAAGGCCUAUUUUAGGCCGAAAACUAGGUCCUUUAAAGCUGAUUUUCAGGAUUAUUUUUAGGCUGAAAAUUGGCCCUCUAAGGCUGAUUUUCAAGCUGAAAGCUAGGCCCUUUAAAGCUGGUUUUCAGCCUGAAACAUAGGCCCGCUAAGGCUGAUUUUUAGGCUCAUUUUUAGGAUGAUAACUAGGCCCUUUAAGGCUAAUUUUAAGGUCUAUUUUUAGCCUGAACCUAGGCCCCUUCAAGGCCCAUUUCCAGGCUUUCUAGGCCAAUUUUUCUCAUCGCGACCUUUUCUGACCCAAAAACACAUCAAAUCUUAAUAAUAAUAGUGUCACCUUCUUUUUUUGAUCGUCUCUAAUCUUUUUCAUAAAUCAGUCAGUUUAGGUCAAAUCUUAUUGUGAUCAAUCAUUUUUGGACUUGGAUUUUUUUCUGGCCGUUUUGACUUGAAAAUUGGGAUUUUUACACAAAAAUGCUUCCAAAUCAUCAAAAAUCCUCCGAAAAAACCAGAUUUUCCUCGCUUCCUCUCAAAUCUCAUUAAUAUCAACGAAAACAUGUGAGAUAGGCCCGUUUUAGGUAUUAAAAUAGGCCUUUUCAGGCUUAGUUUAUGUCCUAAUCUUAGGCUGAUUUAGGCCUAGCUUCUGACAAAACCAGGUUUUUUAAGGCUUGUUUUAGGACUAUUUUUAACCUGAAAAAUAGGCUUGUUUUAGGCUGAUUUUUGGACUUGAAAAUAGGCUGAUUUAGGCCUAGCUUCUGACAAAACCAGGCUUUUUUUAAGGCUUAUUCUAGGCCUAUUUUCAUCCUGAAAAAUAGGCCCAUUUUAGGCCUAUCUUAGGCAUGUUCUAGGCUCGUUUUCAGUUCUAAAAAUAGGCCUUUUCAGACUCAUUUUCAGGCCUAUUUUCAACCUGAAAAAUAGGCUUAUUUCAGGCCGAUUUUUGGUCCUGAAAGUAGGCCUAAAGCCCAUUUUCAUCCUGAAAAAUAGGCUGUUUCUAGACUUAUUCUAGGCCUAUUUUCAUCAUCAAAAAAUAGGCAGUUUCUAGGCUUGUAAUAGGCCUAGGUUCUGCCUGAAAAAUAGGCGUGUUUUAGGCCUAUCUUAGGCCUAUCCUAGGCCCAUUCUUAGGCUGAUCCUAAUUUUUUUCCUCUUCAAACUUUUUUUCCCCGCAGUUUUCUUCUGUCUUCUUCUUGUUGUGUUGGCCGAAAAAUGUAGAGAGAAAUGACCCAAAUAAAUCUGCCCCCCUUUUUUUCUCUGUGUCUCUUCUCUCUCUCACUCUCUAGAUGAGAGAGAGAGUUAGAGACGCAGACAUCAACAGUACCUCCUACCGUACCUGGUUCUUAUUCUUCUUCUUGUUUUUCGUAUUUCCUAGUUUUCUUCUUGUUGUUUUGCCGAUUUCAUCAGCCAUUUUAUGAGGAAUUUUGGGCCCGGAAAAGCCUGGAAAAGCCUAGAAAGCCUGGGACAUUUUUGAGCCUAGUUUGGCCUAGUCUGGAAUUUUCAAGAGCUCUGAAAUUUCAGCCAAAUUUUCAAGAAUUUGAAAAUUAUCUGGAAUUUUUCGAAUCUGAAAUUCUAGAUGUGAUUUUCAGCCCUGGAAUUUUCUAGCUUUUUUUGAGGUCUGAAAAUUUCAGCCCUGGAAUUUCAGACAAAUUUUCUAGCUCCAAAUUUUCAGCCUAAAUUUUUUAGAAUCUGAAAAAAAAAUUGAAAUUCUGAAGAUCUGAAAUUCCAGAUGUGAUUUUUCAGCAAAAUUUUCUGGUUUUUCUUGAGGUCUGAAAAUUUCAGGCCCAAAAAUUUCCAGCCAAAUUUCUUUUUUUCUUCCCCACUUCCGCCUUCUCCCCAAGCUCCGCCCCUUUUUUUUGCUCAUUUUGCUCAUUUUUUUUGUGCUCAAAAAUAGCUUUUGGAUAAUCCCUCAUUAUUACGCAUUUUCAGCACGUUUUUUUGGCUGAAAAUCUGAAAAUUGGAAGAUUUCUGAUCACUUUUUUUAGUGUAAAAAAAGCUGCAGAAAAAACAAUCAGCUGACCAUUUUUUUGUGUAAUUUUUAUUAGUUAGCCCAAGUUCUGGAAGCUUCUGGAGGAUUCUGAAGGCUUCUAAGGGCUUCUGAAGGCUUCUAAGGGCUUCUGAAGGCUUCUAAGGGCUUCUAAAGGCUUCUAAAGGCUUCCCAAGGCUUCUAAGGGCUUUUAAAGGCUUCUAAGGGCUUCUGAAGGCUUCUAAGGGCUUCUAAAGGCUUCUAAGGGCUUUUAAAGGCUUCUAAGGGCUUCUGAAGGCUUCUAAGGGCUUCUAAGGGCUUCUAAAGGCUUCUGAAGGCUUCUGAAGGCUUCUAAAGGCUUCUAAAGGCUUCCAAAGGCUUCCCAAGGCUUCUAAGGGCUUUUAAAGGCUUCUAAGGGCUUCUGAAGGCUUCUAAGGGCUUCUAAAGGCUUCUAAGGGCUUCUAGAGGCUUCUAAAGGCUUCUAAAGGCUUCCCAAGGCUUCUGAACUUAUCCGAACUCAAAAAAAUCCCCUGAAAAAUUGAUUUUCCCAUUUUCUUCCGUCGUCGUUUUUUUUCGUUUCUCGAAAAAAAAACACUAAAAAGCGGCCAGUCACACACACACAAAAAAAUGGGGAAAAAAGAGCAAAUAUUGGGGGGAGCACAAAAAAUGUCUGUUUUUUUUCGACUAGUAUACUUUUUUUUUCAAAAAAAAAAAGAAUUUUUGUGGCUCCACAAAAAAGUAUGAAUAACAAAUUAUUGGGAGCUUGCUCUGGAAAAUGAGCAAAUUUUUUGAGUUUGGAUAAGUUCGGAAGCCCUUAGAAGCAUUUAGAUACCCUUAGAAGCCUUUAGAUGCCUUCUGAAGCUCUGAGAAUUUUUUGACUGAAAUAUUUUUGUCUGAAAUUCUGGAAUUCCAGAAUUUAAGCCCUUCAAAUCUUCCAAUUUUCACUAAUUUUUUAAAGCCUAUAUUAAGGCCAUAUUUUGGACCGUUUUCUAGGCUUUUUGGGCUAAUUUCAGGCUUAUCUUCUAGACCUGUUGAAGCCUAGUUUUAGGCCCAGUUGCAGCCUAUAUUCUAGACCUUUUGAAGCCUAUUUUCAGGCUUGUUUUCUAGGCUUUUGAGUCUUAUCUUGUAGAUCUUUUGAAGCCUGUAUUCUAGACCUUUUGAAGCCUAUUUUCAGGCUUGUUUUCUAGGCUUUUGAGUCUUAUCUUGUAGAUCUUUUGAAGCCUGUAUUCUAGACCUUUUGAAGCCUACUUUCAGGCUUAUCUUCUAGAUCUUUUGAAGCCUAUUUUCAGGCCUGUUAUCUAGGCUUGUUUUCUGGGCUUUUUAGGCUAUUUCCUAGCCCCUUUUCAGCAUAUUUUUAGACCCUUUCAUAGGCUUGUCCAGUCUAUUUUUAGGCUUAUAUUUUGGAUCUUGAAGCCUAAUUUCAGGCCUAUGUUCAGGCCCAUUUCCAGCCUAUGUUCAGUCUAAAUUCUGGACCUUUUGAAGCCUAAUUUCUAGAUCUUUCGGAGACCAUUUUCAGGGCCAUUUCUAGCCUAUUUCAGGUCUAUUUUUGGGCCCAUUUCCAGCCUAAUUUUAGGCCUUUUUAGCCCCCAUCCUCAAAAAAUCCAAUAAUUCUCAUCUUCUUCUUCUAUAUUUUGUGUGUGUUCCAAUUUCCUUCCUUUUUCAUUCAUUUCUUCUUCUUUUUUCCCAUUUCCCAACUGGUUUUUCUUGUAUUUUCAUCUCCUUUUUCUAUUUCUUCUUCUUCAUGUCCUAAUUUUUUUAUAUAAUAUUUUUAGGGGCGAAAAUAUAUGUAUUUAUAUAUAUUUGUAUGUAUUUUUGGGCUUUUCUGGGCUUUUUUCGGGCUUUUCAGGCCGAUUUUAGGCUUGGUUAAGGCCCAUUUCUCUAGGCUUUUAGUUUCGCUCCAACGAAAAAAUCGAUAAUUUUUCUGCCACGUGGAAAAUACCCACAAAAAACAACAAAAAUAUAAAAUUUUGCUCUGCUUCUCUAACCGCUCUCUCACUCUCUCGCCCCCUCCUCGUUUUUUUUUUGUUCAAAGAGGAAAUGUAGCGAUUUGUUUUUUGGUUGUUAUUGAUUUUUUGCUGGAAAUAGUGUGGAAAAUGUGGAGAGCGGUUAGAGAAAAAUUCUCUAAUUCUCUCAAUUUUCCAUACUAUUUCUCUCUGCAAAAAUCUAGGAAUUUAUCGAUUUUUUUCCCAACACGUGGCAGAUUUUUGCAAAAAUUAUUGAUUUUUUUUUUGAAUACGAUGAUUUUUCGCCACGUGGAUUUUCAGCAGCCAUAAAAUUUCAGCUCUGAAAUUUUAUAGCUCAUCAUAAAAAAGGGCUCAUUUUCAGCCAUUUUUUUGAUGCCACGUGGAUUUUCAGAGCCGAAAUUUCAGAUUUUUUGUGCUCUGAAUUAUUCCAGCUAUAAUUCUCUAGUCUUCAAACUAUAGUCUGGUUUACAAACUAUAGUCUAGUUUUUUGUUAGGCCUAUAAUUAUAGUCACAACAUUUCAAAGCAAACUCUCUGCGUCUCCAGCAUUCUCAUGCUCUCUAGUUAUCUAUCCUCUCUGUGUCUCUGACAAUCUUGUUCUCUAGCCGUCUGACUUCUCUCUGCGUCUCUAACCUCGCCUUUUUCCAGCAAUUCGCCAUUCAACAUCUUCUACACGGCGUCGCAUCUCGGACUCUCCAAAAUCAGCAGUAGAAAUGUCCUCCUCGUAUUUUCCACCGCAAUCACCGCCGGGCGGCGAAAAAUCGCCGCGUGCGGCCGAAUGCGAAGACGACGAAGACGAUGAGAUUGAAGAGGACGAAGAAGAACAACAACCGUCUUCAUCAUCAUCCACAAGCGCCGCCGGGCGACGAUAUUCGCCGCCGCGCGGCGAAAGCGGUGGACAGGCGGCGGCGGCCAGUCAGCAGGCCAGUAGCCCCAGUUUUCCGUGAGUUUUUUUUUGGGGGUCAGCACCGGAAAUGCGUCAGUGAAGCUUCAACAAGGCUUGACGCGUUUUUGGUAGGCUACAAAAUUCGCGUCAACAAAGACCUAACCGUGUUUGGUCUCAUUUUGAAGAGCUACCAAAAAUGCGUCAGUAAAGGCCUAAGCAUGUUUGGUCUCAUUUCAAAGAGCUACCAAAAUUGCGUCAGUAAAGGUCCAAGCAUAUUUUGUCUUAUUUUGAAAAGCUACAAAAAAUGCGUCAGUAAAGGUCCAAGCAUAUUUUGUCUCAUUUUGAAGAGCUACCAAAAAUGCGUCAGUAAAGGCCUAAGCAUAUUUUGUCUUAUUUUGAAGAGCUACAAAAAAUGCGUCAGCAAAGACCUAAGCGUGUUUGGUCUCAUUUUGAAGAGCUACCAAAAUUGCGUCAGUAUACCUACCUUUUGACGCAAAUUUCCUAACCGGUUCCAGAUAUUCCCUACGAAAACGGCGAACUUGCCUAUCACAAAAAGACGAAGACGCGUGUUUUCCCAUCACAGCAGCCACCGCCGACGAAACACCUCAACCGAUUUCGAAAAAAUUCAAAUUGGAAUCUGUUUCACCCGGAGAAGCGAGGAAAGAGUAGGUUUUCCCUAAGGUCCCGAAUGGAAAUUCAUACAGUACUCCUUGCAGUUUUUCAAUCGAUGAUGAUGAUGAGAUGAAAUAUGACCCGAAUGAACCGCCCGAUCAUAUAAAUACGCUACCCGAUGAAAUUUUGCUGAAAAUCUUCUCAUAUCUAUCCGAUGCUGAUGUUCUUGCGUGUAAUUCGGUUUGUGAUCGAUUCAAUCGCAUUGGGAAUUCGAAUGAGGUUUGGAAGGAGCUCUACUGUGAACUGUAUGAAUAUCGUCUGCCACUCUAUCAUCCCUCCCAUGGGAAGUUUGAGUUUCGCGAAGUUGCGCGGUGGAAGGAUGAGAAUGCGUGGAAGGAGAGUCAUCGACAGUUGGUAAGUGGUUUUUUGGGCGGGAAAUUUGGAAAAUCCAGCUUGUAGCCCGCAAAAUUUGCUCCAUUUUGAGCCCGAAUUUGGAAAAUCCAGCUUUUUCCCUGGAAAAAAUGCUCCAUUUUGAGCCCGAAUUCAAUGUGGGAAGCUAGACGGCUAGAGAAGUUAGAGAUGCAGAGAGGAUAGACGACUAGACAAUAUAAAAAGAGGGUCUAGACGGCUAGAGACGGCAGAAGACUAUCAGAGACGCAGAGGGACUAUAUCCAUAGGCUUAAACUAGACUAUAGUUUGAAGACUAGAACUGUAGCUGGAAAAAACUCUGAAAUCUUUUCCAUGACUGAAAAAUCCACGUGGCAUAAUUUGAAGUUAGAGACGCAGAGAGGCUAGAGAGCAUAGGAUUGUUAGAGACGCAGAGAGGAUAGACGGCUAGAGAGCAUAGGAUUGUUAUAGAUACAGAGAGGCUAGACGACUAGAGAGCAUAAGACUAUCAGAGACGCAGAAGGAAAUACACUCGCUCCGCUCGAGCCGCUUACGCGGAAGAUUCCGGAUUCUAAUAUAGCAUUGCUCAUAUUAGUGCUCCUGUGAAAAAUCCUCAUUUUUUGACACCAAAUACGGUAGUGUUCCUUUAAAUUUAGAAUUGCUCAUGUUAACGAGCGCUUUGCGCGAGUGUAAACCGGAAGAUUCCGCGAAGCGGCACUGUCUUCCGCGAAGCGGCCAGGCCUGAGCCCGAGCGCUCUGCGCGAGUGUAAACCGGAAGAUUCCGCGCAGCGGCACUGUCUUCCGCGAAGCGGCCAGGCCUGAGCCCGAGCGCUCUGCGCGAGUGUAAACCGGAAGAUUCCGCGCAGCGGCACUAUCUUCCGCGAAGCGGCCAAGCCUAGGUUCAAGCCCCACAAGCUUCCGCGCUGUCUUCCCCACAAAAAUAUCGAUUUUUUGCAGCACCGCGGAGUCCACGUGAUGAAAGAAGACCCCGAAAACACACGAAUCGCAAAUCUCAAAGUGUUCGAUCAAAUCGAAUACGCGAUGUCAUACCUCGAAUCAAAUCCCGAACGCGAAAAAUUAAUAUUCCUCCACGCUGGAAUCCACGAACCUAUCGAUACAAUUUACAUCGCAUCAAAUGUUCAAAUAAUCGGAGCAAGUGAUACGCGAGAUAUCACAAGUUCAGUGAUAAUUGAAGGAUAUCGAAAUACGGCGGUGACUUUUGUCGAUGGAAGUGCUGGAGCCUAUUUUGGAUUCAUCACAGUGAAAUUUCGGCCCGAUCCGGCCCCUCUUAAAACGCCUCCGAUCUCCCAACAGGGCCAGAAUUCCAAUCAUUUUUAUGCGAUUCUGGUGACCGAUGAGAAUGCCGAACCCUACAUUGAACGAUGUGAUAUUAGCUCGAAGGUUGGAAGUGGCGCGGCGGUUUGUGUCAAAAAACACGCCAGCCCCAAAUUCAAAUAUUGCACUGUUGUGGAUUGUGAGAAUGUCGGGAUUUAUAUCACGGAUCACGCGACGGGACACUAUGAGCAUUGUGAGAUUGCCAGGAAUACGUUGGCUGGGGUUUGGGUCAAGAAUAAUGCGAAUCCAUAUUUCCGCAAGUGUCAUAUUCAUUCGGGAAAAGAUGUGGGAGUGUUUACGUUUGAGUGAGUUUUUUGGGGGAUUUUUGAUACUAAAUGAGCCUGGGACGUUGAUAAGCCCGAAAAAUGCGAAUUUUUGGUACCAAAUAGUCCUGGAGACCUUUUCUCAGAGAAAGUAUGGCUUGAACGGCGCGGUCCGCGGACGAUUUUUCACCGAUUUUUGGGUGAAAAUCAUUACGCGGAUUCCGCGAAAAAAAUUUCGCGGACAGCGAAACUUCAGCCAGUGAGAGUCUAAUUUCGCGCAUUCCGCGAAAUUUUUUGACUCGGAAAUUUGAUUUUUUUGCGUUUUUCGCGGAUUCGCGGAUGGACUCGAGAGGGAGGGUAUAAAAAGGAUAAAUUGUAUCGCGUACGCGACAACGAGGAUAGCGCAGCAAGCCUUAAGGAAGAUGGAUGACUACAAAACGACAGGAUUGGGAUCGAGGCCCGGUUGGAACUACAAGUCAAUACUAACUUCUGAUAAUUAUCAGGGGUAGUGAAGCAUUUUUAUAUUUCGAGAGUGCAUUGCGCGGAUGUUUCGCUAACAGCGGAGUAUAAUUUCGCGGACGUUUCGCUAAAGUUCUUGUGUCAGCCGCGGAUUGGCAGAUUUCUCGGUUUCGCGAACCGCGCCGUUCAAGCCAGACCUUCUCUGAGUUUAAGCUCGAAAAAUGCGAAUUUUUGAUACUAAAUAGUCCUAAUGGGCUUCCAGAGCCGCACAAUUCGAAAUUUCCAUUCCUCAAAGCCACGUGGCAUUAAAGUUAGCCUAUCUCGAAAAAAUCCGAUAAUUUUCGACACAAAAAUAAGAAGCUCUCAUCAGGGUUCGAACCAUGAUCUCUAAAUCAAUAAGCAGAGCUCCUAACCACCAGGCUACCUCACAAUGCUUAGCCUAACUCAAAGAAGCGCUUAUCGGGGUUUGAUCCAGGGCCUUUUGAUCAAUAAACACAGCGCUUAAUGAAAAAUGGACGAUUUUCUUGCGAUAACAUAGCCUAACUCUCAUUUUUCAACCAUAAUCCAAUGAUUUCGAAUUUCAGACACGGUCAAGGCUACUUUGAGAAAUGCAACAUCCACUCGAAUCGCAUUUCGGGAAUCGAAGUGAAGAAUGCGGCGAAUCCGGUCGUAAUCCGAUGUGAAGUUCAUCACGGACACACUGGCGGAAUAUAUGUGCAUGAAAAAGGACGCGGACAAUUCAUGGAGAAUCGCAUCUAUGCCAACGCGUUUGCCGGAAUCUGGAUAACAUCGCAUUCGGAUCCGACGAUCCGGAAGAAUGAGAUAUUCACCGGACAACAGGGAGGAGUCUAUAUUUUUGGCGAAGGUGAGGGAGUUUUGGGAGAAAAUGAGCCAAAAAUUGGUGGAUUUUAAACUUAGGACCAUGAAAAAUGGGAUUUUUAGCCUUAAAUUUUGGGAAAAUUGGUGAAUUUCAAGCUUAGAACCAUGCAAAAUAAGGUUUUUAACGAAAAUUCAUUAACAAUUGUGGAUUUUUGACCCUGGGACCAUGAAAAUCAGAAUUUUCGACCAUUUUUGAGCAUGGGAGCAUAAAAAUUGAGUUUUCUGAGCCGAAAAAUGGGAAAAGUGAUGCAUUUUUGACCCUAGGACCAUGAAAAAUGAGAUUUUCUACCAUUUUUUACCUCUGGAGCAUCAAAAAUGCUGAUUUUUUCACCCAGAAAAAUGUACGUUUCAAAAUAUUUUCAAAUUCUGUUCCUGGGAUUUUGCCUCGAUAUUUGGAUAUCAAGUUUUUUCAAAUUUACUCGAAUUUUGGCCAGGAAAACAGGCCUAUGACGUGGCAAAAAGGGCUUUUAACGUCUAAUUAAUGCGGGCUUUAAAAUGAAUUAAUUUUGACAAUAUUUGGCCGAAAAUUAGCCUAUGACGUGGCUAAAAGAGCCCCCAAAAUAAAGCCUUAGAAACCUUAAUUAAAAUUUUUUAAACUUAACUAAAUUAGCGUAUGACGUGGCAACAAAAGACCUAAGAAUAAUCAUACCCUUUCUGAGAGCCUAAGCCUGUGACGUGGCAUAACCUAACUCCGAAUUUCCAGGCCGCGGACUCAUCGAACAAAACAACAUCUACGGAAACGCCCUUGCCGGAAUCCAAAUCCGCUCACAAUCCGACCCGAUAGUUCGGCUCAACAAAAUUCACGACGGCCUACACGGUGGCAUAUAUGUUCAUGAAAAAGGAAAGGGCCUCAUCGAGGAGAACGAAGUCUACGGGAACACUUUGGCCGGAAUCUGGGUGACGACCGGAAGCUCGCCGAUUUUACGAAAGAAUCGAAUUCAUUCCGGAAAACAGGUUGGAGUCUACUUCUAUGAUCAGGGACACGGACUACUCGAGGAAAAUGACAUUUUCAAUCAUUUGUACUCGGGCGUACAAAUUCGCACCGGAAGUAACCCGAAAAUCUGCAGAAAUAAGAUUUGGGGUGGGCAAAAUGGUGGAGUAUUGGUGUACAACGGUGGAAAAGGAUGUCUGGAGGAUAAUGAGAUUUUCGACAAUGCGAUGGCUGGUGUAUGGAUUAAGACGGAUAGUGAACCGAUUUUACGGAGGAAUAAGAUUUAUGACGGGAGAGAUGGAGGAGUUUGUAUAUUUAAUAGAGGCAGGGGGCUGCUCGAGGAUAAUGAGAUUUUUCGAAAUGCUCAAGCUGGAGUUCUUAUAUCUACUGAAUCCAAUCCAACACUUCGAAGGAAUCGGAUCUAUGAUGGGAAGUCUGCGGGAAUCGAGAUCACUAAUGGCGCAACUGCUACCCUCGAGGAAAAUCAACUUUUCCGCAAUAAGUAUGGGGGGCUUUGCGUGGCCACUGGGGUAAACCCGGUUCAACGGAAUAAUCGGAUUUAUGAUAAUCAUGAUACGAUUGCACGGGCUAUUAAAAGUGGACAAUGCCUGUUUAAAGUUAGCAGCAAUAAUAGCUUUCCAAUGCAUAAUUUCUUUAGGUGAGUGGGGGCCUUAAAGAGGGCCUAGGGGGGCCCACAUCUUGGCCAAGCCAUUGGGGCCUAGAGGUUUAGGGGGGGGGGCUUAAAGCCUAAGGGCCUUCCGUGGCUGGCUAGAGUAGAAUUUUGAAAAAUAUCUGAGUGUUUUAGACUCCCAAAACGUGAAAAUUCACAGUUUUUACACUGAAAUCAAGUUAGCGUACAAAAUUUUUCAGGAUUUUGACCGAGGGGCCUUAGGCUUGGGUUUAGGGGGCUUUUAGAAGCCUGAAAGAAGAGCCCCCUGAAAAUUUGGAGCAUUUUGAGAGCAAAUUUGACGCGAAAACUCGAAAAUGCGAAAUUCCCAGGGAAAUCUGAAAAAAAAAAAAAAGAAAUCUGAAAUCCUAAAUUCCAGAAAUUUUUGAGAAAAAUCAAAUUUUCCUUCUGAAAAUCGAGUCUAGUGUCAAAAAACGCGUAUUUUUCAGGGUAGAGCUCAAAAAUCCCGGAAAAAGUCCAAAUUUUGAGCUCUAACCUGAAAAAUGCGCGUUUUUUAACCAAAAUCCGUAUUUUUGCACAAAAAUUCAUGGAUUUUCAUGAAAAUUUCGCAUUUUUUGCUCUUAAAAUGCUCCCAACCCCGAAUUUCAACCAAAAAAUGGCUAAUUUUCAGAUGUGCCACGUGUAACACCACUGAACGCAAUGCGAUUUGCUAUAACUGCAUCAAAACGUGUCAUCGUGGACACGUUGUGGAGCAUGUUCGAUUUGACAGGUGGGUCUAGAUUUUCAGCUCAAUUUUCAGCCAAAAAUCUGAAAAUUUGACUGAAAAUGAUGGAUUUUGAGCCAAAAAUCAGGGUUUUUGGCUAAAAAAUAUCCCAAAAACAAAAAAAAAAAGAAAUUUUCAGAUUUUUCUGCGAUUGCGGCGCUGGUACACUGGAGCGCAAUUGCCACCUUCAAAAUGUGCCACGUGACAAUGAUACGGUAUACGAUUCCGCAACGCCCAUCUCUACAGAAACUGGGACCGAAAUUUGA